AAGCGAAGAGCAGACACUUUUGUGAGCGUGUCUGCGGACUGCACUACUGAUCAAUCUGGAUUAUUUACUGCAAAUUCCCUCACUCUCAAUCCAAGCGCCGGGCUGAAAGAAGGAGGAAAAUAUCCAAGAAGGACUGAAAGCACAGAAGCCAUGCCUUUUUCUAGAGGAAAGAAAGCGACCGCCACGGCCGGGAGCAAGAUGUCCAAAGUGGGUGCAACAAGUACCGAGAACCAGGAGGAAGGUUCACAGGUGAAGAGGUCUUCCUCUCCUCCUCACGGAGCUCCUAAAAAGAGAACUGCCUUCAUCGACAUCACUAAUGCACAUAAGGUGCAGCUCAGCCUGCCCAUCAAGAAGAAGGAUGCUGGGAAGAAGGCCACCAAGAAAGCGGCGGCGGCAGUGUCCGCCAAGAAUCAAGCCAACCUGAUCAAGUCGUCCUCCGUGACUUCGGAGGGGACAGCGUCAGAGAGGGAGAAGACGGACACUGAGGAGGACAGGAUCCUCUCCUCCUCUUCCUCCUCCUCCCAGAGCGAUGCUUCAUCUCCAGUUGAAGAGCUGGCAGAUGCGGCGCCGCCCGCCGUCCGCGAAAUCCCCGCACACCUUCGCAAACCACACAUCCCGAAGGAGUUCGACAUCGAUUCCGAGAGCGCCGAGGACACCUACAUGUGUGCCGAGUACGCCAAGGACAUAUUUGACUACCUCAAGCAGAGAGAGGAGAGUUUCGUCCUCUGUGACUACAUGCCCAAGCAGCCCAGCCUCAACCCGGAGAUGCGGGCCAUCCUGAUCGACUGGCUGGUGGAAGUCCAGGAAAACUUCGAGCUGUACCACGAGACGCUCUACUUGGCCGUGAAGAUGACGGACCACUUCCUGGCCAAGUUCCCCAUCCACAGGGAGAUGCUGCAGCUGGUCGGCUCCACCGCCAUGCUCAUCGCGUCCAAGUUCGAGGAGCGCAGCCCGCCCUGCGUCGACGACUUCCUCUACAUCUGCGACGACGCGUACAAGAGGGAGGAGCUCAUCGCCAUGGAGGCCAACAUCCUGAAGACGCUGUCGUUUGACAUCAGCAUCCCCAUCCCGUACUGGUUCCUCAGACGCUACGCCAAGUGUGUGAGCGCCGGCAUGGACACGCUGACCCUGGCCCGAUACUUCUGCGAGAUGAGCCUGAUGGAGAUGGACCUGGUGCCCGAGAGAGGCUCGCUGCUGGCCGCCGCCUGCCUGCUGAUGGCGCUGGUCACCAAGGACCUGGGAGGCUGGACGCCCUGCCUGCAGUUCCACUCCGGCUACAAGGCGUCCGACCUGGCGGCCGUCGUCCGGAGGCUGUACGUCAUGCUUCUAGCGCCGCCCGACGACAAGCUGCGAGCCAUCAGGAACAAAUACUCCCACAAGGUGUUCUUUGAAGUUGCGUCUCUACCGCUGGUCAACCUCGACGUUUUGGAGAAAGCUUUAGUCCCCCAGUGCGACGACGCCGAUCCGUCAGAUCUCAGCCAGAAGUCUGAAACUGAGUAAAAGAAAUCAGUGUAACUUGUGUACAUAGUCUUGUUAAUAUGUUUAAUAUUUAUACGUUUUCGUCUGUCUUUUUAUAUAAAUCUUCCCGUGUGUGAUGGAAGUUAGCCGGGGCAUUUGUUUCCAAAGUGUUUUAUAUACAUUUUUUAAUAAGAUAGGAAGGAAAAAAAAUCCAAUUCUUGAGUCAGUUGGAAGUUCCUUUCAUGCGGAUUUGUAGUUUUAGACUGAAUAGUUCACAAUUUGAAAAGUUUAGCUUGAAGUUUUAGAGAUUUUCACACUUUGAGAAGUUCAGCUGCCGUUAAUGUAUUUUCUAUGUUGUACAUUGUUUAUCAUGUUGUGCUAAUUAUUUGUAUAAAACACAAUCACAUACUGACGCUGUGCAAGUUUUAUAAGGCUGACAUACACAUUAUUGAAAUAAAUAAGUGUUUUUUUUAAAUGUU